AUCGUGUCUGUGCUACACGAUCAAGACGCUCACUGGGACUUGUCUCGGUAUGUUUACUUGAAGUAAACAACCCGGAGGUGUAAUUUUCUCGGACUGUUUUAAAUCUGCAGUUCAUAUAUUCUGACCUGAACAUGCAUAUCGGGUGAGAAAGGAUGUCAGCUGAGACUUGUGUAUGAAUUACUGUUUCAACAGCUUGCUCUUCAGAUUAAGUUUGUGAAUGGUGUGUGAUUGAGCCUCUGUGACGAAUCCCCGCCAUCUUGCAGGUCCGCCAUCCGCCAUCUUCAUCCGCCAUCUUGCCCGUCCGACAGCUAUAGACCGAAUCAUGGGGAAGAAACACUCAAAGUUCGACGUCAACCCUGCAGCAUCAACGGUAACACCGACCACUACACCAUCUAGUCAGACCCCAACAAGAGGGACUUACCUUGUUACAGAAGAGAAAGGGUCAAGGUCAUCACCACAGCAACCAAGCUCACAAACCAAGAUGGCAGCCAAUGAUGUGUUUGUCUGUAAUCAGGAGGAUCUGAAAGAUGGAGAGAUGAAGGAGGUGGACGUUCCAGGGGGGAAAGUGCUGCUGACGAGAGAAAAGGGCCAGUAUUAUGCUGUGGGCCCAAAAUGUACCCACUAUGGAGCAUCUCUUGCCAAUGGUGUGCUGUGUAAUGGCCAGGUGCGUUGUCCAUGGCAUGGAGCCUGCUUCAACAUCAAAACAGGAGACAUCGAAGACUUCCCGGGUCUCAACUCACUGCCAACAUUUGAGGUGUCUGUGCGAGACAGUAAGGUGUACAUGAAGGCGGAGGAGGAGACUGUGAAGAAGAGGUUCCGUGUAAAGUCCAUGGUGAAGUGCUCCGGAGACAACAGCCAGACAUUUGUCCUAGUGGGUGGAGGACCGGCCACAGUCGAAUGUGCAGAGACAUUGCGACAGGAAGGUUUCACUGGCAAGGUUGUCAUAGUAACAAGAGAGAAACAUUUGCCGUAUGACAGACCAAAGUUGAGCAAGGCGAUGAGCAUCAAACCCGAGGAAAUUGCGCUGCGACAUGCUGACUUCUACCAGUCACAUGACAUAGAGAUACAAACGGAGAAGGAGGUUGUCAGUGUAGACGGCAGCGGCAAAUCUGUGAAGUUCAGUGAUGGUGGUUCACUCAAGUUUGAUAAACUGCUUAUCGCAACGGGAGGAAAACCCCGAACAUUGCCAAUACCUGGCCUAGACCUUCAGAACGUGUGUCAGCUCCGCUCACCAGAAGAUGCGAACUAUAUUGCCAGUGCUGCACAAGGCAAGAAUGUCGUCAUCAUAGGGUCGUCCUUCAUUGGGAUGGAGGUAGCUUCCUGUCUAGCGGAGAAAGCGGAGAGUGUGUCGGUUGUAGAUCUGAUUAAGGUGCCCUUCCAGCUGACGUUAGGGGACAGAGUAGGGGCUGUAUUACAGAAGAUGCAUGAAGACAAAGGUGUCAAGUUCUACUUCGAGAGAAGUGUCAAAGAGUUUGUAGGUGUAGACGGGAAGGUGACAGAGGCCAUCUUGUCUGAUGGAACUAAGCUGGAAGCAGAUAUCUGUGUUCUUGGAAUCGGUGUUGUGCCUGCAACAGACUUCCUGGAGGAUUCUGGUAUCUCCAUGACAACCAGAGGAUUCAUUACUGUGGAUAAGAGUCUCCAGACCAACGUUGCUGACGUCUAUGCUGCUGGGGACAUCGUGGAGUUCCCGCUGUUCAUGGCGGGGAACCAGCAGGCUAACAUCCAGCACUGGCAGAUGGCACACAAGCAGGGUCACAUAGCUGCCCUCAAUAUGCUGGGGAAGACGACCGAGGUGCGAAGUGUCCCGUAUUUCUGGACGGUGCAGUACGGCAAGAGUGUCCGCUACACAGGAUACGGGCCUGGCUACGAUGAUGUCAUUGUCCAUGGAGAUCUGGAAGCACCCAAAUUUGCUGCUUUCUACACUAAAGGAGAGAGCGUGGUAGCAGUGGCCAGUCUGGCCUUUGACCCCAUUGUGUCUCAGGCUGCCCAGUUGAUGCUGAAUGGAGGAACCAUCACCAAGGACGAGAUCAGAGAUGACCCAAAAUCUUGGACAAGUAGACUCCAGAACUUCUGACUGGGUCUUCAGUCAAAAUCAAACUUGUAAAAAUCACACUUUAUAUAUUUUUGUUCUAUAUGAAUGUACAAAGUUAUAUUUGAUGACCACAUGCAUGUGCUAUGAUGAAUAUUGAGGGGAAUACUCUUAUCACUGCCAAGUGAAAACGCUGAAUGGAUUAUUGUUAAAUAUUAAAUUGACUAUUAUGUGUUAACCAGUAUUUAUAUGUGAAUAUAUGAUUGCAUGAAAAAUGCUACAAGAAAUAAAAAUUAAUUGAAAAGUU